AUGGCUGACACUAUUGACAUGAGGCCCGUCACGGGUCAGACUGCAAUACCGCUUAAUACAAGCUCGGAGAAGACAGUGCUUGCUGAUGUGGAUGAUGAAAAGACCGACAAAAAAGAUGCCAAGGAUACCGAAGAGGAUAAGGAGGAUCAUGGCGGAUACAUGAGAAUCUUUUCAUAUGCCAAGACGACCGAACAUGUCAUCCUUGGCAUAUCUAUCAUCGCUGCCAUUGCAUCUGGGGCGGGCAUCGCCCUCCAAAACUUGAUAUUUGGCCGCUUCGUUACCCUCUUGACCGACUUUGCAUCCGGCAAGUCCACUGGCGCAGAUAUGCGCAGUGAAUCUUCUACCCUGGCGCUAUAUUUCGUUUAUAUCGGCAUAGCGCGAUUCUUCCUCAGCUACACCUACUGCUCCCUUCUAACAUACAACGCGUACCGCAUCGUCCGAAAUAUUCGCCAUGCGUACCUCAAAGCCGCACUUAGUCAAGAAAUUGCCUUUUUCGAUCUCGGCACUGGCGGUUCCAUCUCAACUCAGGCCACCACAAACGGCAAACUGAUCCAAGGUGGUAUUUCAGAGAAGCUUGGCUUGACGUUCCAGGGGCUAUCGGCCUUUGUGACUGCCUUCAUCAUUGCCUUUAUCACAAAUUGGAAGCUUACUCUUAUUACGUUAUGCAUUGCCCCGGCCACAAUCGUUGUCAUGGCCGUGACUGGCAUCAUUGAGGCUGGUCUUGAAACCAAGAUCCUGGACAUCUAUGCGCAGGCUAACUCUUUUGCUGAGGGUGUGCUGGCUAGUGCGCGUACUGUGCAUGCGUUUGAGAUGCGAUCUCGCUUGGUGAAGAAGUUUGAUGAGUAUCUUGUAGAUGCACAUGAUGUGGGCAAGAAAAUCUCUCCCCUUUUCGGAAUCUUGUUCUCUUCUGAGUAUUGCAUCAUUUAUCUUGGGUUUGGGCUUGCCUUUUGGCAGGGAAUCCAUAUGCUUGGCAGGGGAGAGGUAAAAACUAGUGGUGAAAUCUUCACUGUGCUUUUGUCUGUCGUCAUUGCAGCCAUCAGCCUGACUUCGUUGGCACCCUAUUCCAUUGAGUUUACACGAGCUGCCUCUGGAGCUGUGAAGCUCUUCACACUUAUCGACCGACAAUCCGCGAUCGAUCCCUUCGACGAGUCUGGCGAGCGACCAACUGAAGUGGUUGGGCACAUUGAACUGGAGAAUAUCACCUUUGCAUAUCCGUCGCGGCCGGGGGUCAAUGUGCUUGAUGACUUCACCCUUGACAUUCCUGCUGGGAAGGUUACGGCUCUUGUGGGACAAAGUGGUUCUGGAAAGAGUACGAUUAUAGGUCUCUUAGAGAGAUGGUACGACUCGGCUUUGGGUAACAUCAAACUUGAUGGCCGGCGCAUUCACGACCUCAACAUUAACUGGUUGCGCAAGAACGUGCGCCUCGUGCAACAGGAACCCGUUUUGUUCCAAGGCUCUGUUUUUGACAACAUAGCACAUGGUCUCGCUGGCACGGAAUGGGAAAAUGCGGACAGACAGGUUCGCCUUGAGAAAAUUACGACCGCCGCGCAGAUUGCAUUUGCGCACGACUUCAUUUCUGAGCUUCCAGAAGGUUAUGAUACUGACAUUGGCCAACGUGGUGGAUUGCUUUCUGGCGGUCAAAAGCAACGAAUUGCUAUUGCGCGAAGCAUUGUUUCGGAGCCCAAAAUCCUCCUACUCGACGAAGCGACCAGUGCGUUGGACCCCCAUGCUGAAGGUGUUGUCCAACAGGCCCUAGAUCGAGCAUCUCAAGGCCGAACGACUAUUGUGAUAGCCCACAAGCUUGCCACUAUUCGCAAGGCCGACAACAUUGUGGUCAUGAAGGCGGGACGUAUUGUUGAGCAGGGCACGCACGAAUCACUUUUGAGGGACGAUGGGGCUUACGCUCUGUUGGUUAGGAUUCAGCAAUUGACUGUCAACCCAUCUGAUGCAGAUUCAGAGAGCGACGAAGUCGAUGAUAUUGAAGUAAGCGGAGAUCCCGCAGACUUGACAAAGACGGUCAGCAAAAUAGCAACCCGCGACCGAUCCCGAAUGGAGGUACAGAAGGGUCGUGACGACUACGAGAAACAUAAGCACCUUGGAUUUGUUGCAGUAAUUAUUCGUUUGAUCAAAGAAUCUCCUGAGCUGAGGUGGACAUAUUUGCUCGUGCUUGUUGGUUGUCUGGGAGCCACUGCUGCGUUCCCGGGCCAGGCUCUUCUUCUCGCCAAUGUCUCAAACGUUUUUACUUUAACUGGCGCAGCCAUGAUUGACAAGGGCAACUUUUACGCUGCCAUGUUUAUUGUACUGGCCGUUGGCUGCUUCAUCUCCUAUUUCAUACUCGGGUACACCACCAAUAUUGUCGCUCAGACGCUAUCUCAUACGUUUCGGAGGCAAAGCUUUGACAACAUGCUUCGACAAGACCUCCAAUUUUUUGACCGCCCAGAAAACAACACCGGCGCUCUGGCAAGCCGCGUCGACUCCAACCCCCAAGCUAUUCUCGAGCUGAUGGGCUUCAACGUUGGCCUCAUUCUCAUUGCUGUGCUGAAUGUUGUGGCUUGCAGCGUCCUUGGUAUUGCAUACAGCUGGAAGUUAGGUCUCGUGGUCGUUCUGGCUGGCCUUCCGCCGUUCAUCGGCUCCGGCUGGUUCAAGAUUCGCUUCGACGCAAGGUUGGAUCGCAAUAUUUCGGCGCGGGGUUACAACAGCGCGGCCAUUGCAUCGGAAGCAGUGACUGCUAUUCGGACUGUUUCUUCACUAGCGAUUGAGCAAUCUGUUCUGGACAAAUACUUGAAUGAGCUGGAGCAUGCAGUUAGCGGAUCUGUCAAGCCAUUAUUCAGCAUGAUGAUUUGGUUUGCUUUGACGCAGUCAAUGGAGUACUGGUUCAUGGCGCUAGGAUUUUGGUACGGAUGCCGACUUGUGUCGUUUGGAGAAAUCACCAUGUUUGACUUCUUUGUUACGUUUAUGGGCGUGUUUUUCUCUGGGCAAGCUACUGCAAUGCUGUUCCAAUUCUCGACCAGUAUGACGAAGGGUAAAAACGCGGCCAACUACAUCUUCUGGUUGCAAGAACUGCAGCCUGUCGUCCAAGAGACGCCGGAAAAUAAGGAUAAGAAACCCAAGUCUGGCGGCCCAAUUGUUCUAGACCACGUCCGCUUUUCGUAUCCUCUUCGACCGGACGCGCAAGUCUUGCGAGGCGUUGAUCUCGAGAUCAAAAAGGGUCAGUUUGCCGCGUUUGUAGGUGCAUCAGGCUGCGGUAAAUCCACCAUGAUAGCCAUGCUUGAGCGAUUCUACGAUCCAUCAACCGGGAGCAUUCUCAUCGACGGCGACGACUUGACGAGCCUAAAUCCCCGUCUGUACAGAAGCAUAGUAUCCCUCGUGCAGCAAGAACCGACGCUCUUCCAAGGAACCAUCCGCGAAAAUAUCGCCCUCGGCAUCGACGACCCGUCCUCCGCAAGCUACUCAUCCAAGUCCUCUACAACAGUCAAUACCACCGUCGCGGAUGCAGAAAUCGAAGCAGCUCUCCGUGCAGCCAACGCUUGGGAUUUCGUGUCAUCUCUCCCGGAUGGUCUGUCUACCGCGGCAGGCUCCAAUGGAACGCAACUGUCAGGAGGUCAGCGACAACGUAUCGCCAUUGCACGAUCGCUCAUUCGCAAUCCGCAGGUGUUGUUGCUGGAUGAAGCGACCAGUGCUCUGGACACUGAAAGCGAAAAGAUUGUUCAGAGUGCGUUAGCUGAAGCCGCUAAAAAAGGUGACCGAAUUACAAUUGCUGUGGCGCAUCGCCUGUCGACAAUCAAGGACGCUGAUGUGAUUUGUGUGUUUUACGGAGGCAGGAUUGUGGAAAUGGGGUCGCACGCGGAGUUGAUUGCCUUGGGGGGGAUGUAUACGAAGAUGUGUGAGGCGCAGAGCCUCGAUUGA